GAUUCUGAGCAAUUGACCAACACUCGAGGUUUUCAAGUGAAUCCGGAAAAGUUUAAACUAAAGCAAAUUUCAAAAUGAAAUUCACCCUAUUCUGUGGAGCUCUGGCUGUUCUUUUGGCCGUGGGUCAGUGCGAUUCGGACUUCCGGCAGAUGAUGCAGGAGUGCAUGCAGUCCACCCAGGUGACCGAGUCUGACCUCAAGGACUUCAUGGCCAGCGGAAUGCAGAGCAAUGCCAAGGAUAACCUCAAGUGCUACACCAAGUGCCUGAUGGAGAAGCAGGGCCACCUCACCAAUGGCCAGUUCAAUGCCCAGGCUCUGCUCGAUACCCUCAAGAAUAUACCGCAGAUCCAGGAUAGGUUGGAAGAGAUCAGCUCGGGUGUGAAUGCCUGCAAGGACAUCAAGGGCACCAACGAUUGCGACACGGCCUUCAAGGUCACCAUGUGCCUCAAGGAGCACAAGGCCAUGCCAGGACAUCACUAGAGAUGAUGAUGAUAUCGCAAUGGUCCUAAAAAGUUGAUUAGCUGAGUUUGCACAUCUCAGGUAAAUGUUGUGAAAUAAAGUUGUUCAAGUUGCACUAAGGCAAA